UGAUUGGCUUGUUGGAUGUCUUUACUCAAAGCUUUAGACACGGGCUUUUCUUCCACAAACUUUUACCUUCCAUAUUUGGAGACUCUUUAAAAUGCUACCAGGCAACAUAAAUCAACACAGUUAAAACCAGGAAGCUAUUGACUCCAUGUUUUCAAAGUUUGAGAUCCUUCACAUAUUCCCAAGAUGCCCUCACUGGGAAAAGAUGGGAUUCUUUCGUCAUAAUAAAUCUACUAAAACGGGUUCACCAACGCCCGUAUUUCUCUGCUAUGGCAGUACUAAGACAUAUAAGGCUGGUACCAUGGUGUACAACACUCAACCUUUUGUUUCUCCUAGUGCUAUUGUAAAUUCAAUAAACAUCAAAGCUUUUGGAAUGUCUCACAGCGCACAAUUCAACCUGCAUGGUUGCACAGCCGAUCAACUACACAGUCUGGAUAUGCUUUAGCGCCUCUCUGCCGAAAUAGCAGCAGCCCACGUAAAAAAACAGACAGUCUACAAUAGGCUCAGCAGUAUUUACAUUCGACCUUUACCAGCCAGUCUAAAGAUGUUUGAUCACCUCAAUCACGACAGCAUUCCUGAACUCUC